CAUUACUGGUUCGUGUGUAUGCCUGAGUGGAACUGUAUGGCUUACCGAUCAUUUGCCCCCGAGCUUCACUAUCAGUAAGUCGGGUUUUUAUUUGGGGGUCGAGGAUGUCUCGAGACUAACGGUAGAGUGAAGUGUAGGAGAUAACGAAGCCGCUGGAUGGAAAUGUCAGUAAGGCUUGAGCUUCCUCGGCCUUUCUGUAAGUCAGGAGCGUUUCCAGCGGGGCGGCAUCGCCUUAAUUGUAUACCUUUGAUUUUUAUUGCCUUCCGUUCCCUUAACAAACACGCCACAUGUAUUCCCACUUUUCCCCUUGUCACAAGAUACAUGACUUCCCCAAAUUCCAGUCUGACCUAUUGGACAGAUAAAGAAAUUUAUCCAAAUGGGAUAUUUCUAACCACAUCUGGUUCUGGUGGAGACCGCCUUCUUUUCUGGCAACCUGCACCUCAUAGACGAGAAGAUGCUUCUAACCCACAGAAGCAACAGUCGACUGCACCGGAAGUCACCGCUUCUCAGACAGAAAAUAAAGAUGAUGGUUCACGGAAAAGCAGUCAUUCUGCGGAUCUUUGUGCGUUAGCCGAGCAGACAUCAAAUCGACCGGAAUCUGCACAUAAUCCUUUUGCGCUACAUUUAAUCACAGACCGACCGGCUGCCGGAGAUACGACCCUGUCCACCGGAAUUGGUGCAAGUGGCGCUACCGGUCUACUGACCGUCAGCACAGGUACUGAUCGCGGACUUGGUAACACGCCAAGUGCUACUUCGGGGUUUGUCAGUUCAGGAAUGACCUCUGUCAACUCAGCGACCAGUUCGACCCAAGGUGGGACUACGGCUACUACUGGAGUCUCCUAUGCACACAAUCCUGGGGACUCUGCCCAAUCCUCUCUGGUGGAUGGCGGUUUGGAACGCAAGUCUCUGAUCGGAACUAAUGGAAUUUCUACCAUUGAAGGCUUGCCAGCAAAUCUUGUGCUGAGCUUGUUGCACCAGCAGUUUCAAGGACUUCAGAGAAAGAUCUAUACAAAACUGGACUACCGUGUCUUUGUGGGUGCGGCAUUCAACGUCACUCCGACUCGGGAGGAAACCGGAGAAGCUGCAAGUGCCGGAUCACCCUCGAGUCGCCCGGACGCCACACGAUCAGGCCGGUCAAUGAUCAGUUUUGCCGUAGUGUUUUCAAUGAACGAGGCCGCUUCACCUUCGGUGCUUUCGUACUACACCGAACUCGCUCGUUUGAUUGCCUCACAGAUUCGUCGAGCGGAACUCAUUUCGGACUACCUGACCAGACAACGCGACUUUAUUGUCUCUCUAAUGGAUCGCAGCUCUCCUGGAUUUUGCCCCACUAGCAACUACGCCCAUAUCGAACCGACCGGCCCGGAGACAGUCACUUCGGAUUCACGCGAACAGCCUUUAAGACGUCCUCAAAAGUUAGGUUCGCUCGUGGAAACCAACUCUUCUGCCCCAGGUGGACCAACGGACUGGAAGCGGACUGGCCAGACUUCAGAGAACAACAAAACGGACGGAAUCAUCGAGGGUAAUCGUGUUUGUCGCCAGUCGGUCACUAGCAUGAAUUCUCCGUUCGACCAACUCGUCGCCAUGUCGUCUCUACGCAAUGAACUGAAAACAAUUAUCGACUCCGUUUGUCUAUCUGGACAUGUAUCUGUCAUGAUUAACAAACUCCAUCCUGUGUUCUUCUGCCUGCCUCAUAAAGCCUAUUCUCUGGCACCGAAGCACUCUGGCGGUCCUAUCCCGGCUAUCCGACCUGCAGCUGUUUGGCGUGCGAUGGACAAGAUCCGACCCUAUCAUACACUUCUAUUGCUUCCACGCAAGCAAGAUUUAUUACAGAAACAACUUCCACAAGAAAUCAAUGAAGCCAUGGUUGAAUUUAUCAACGACCUGUCACCGAGCGUCAGUCUCAGCGAGUUGGCUCUUCGAACUCAUUCCCAAAUGCAUUGUCUUACACUGGCCUUGUGGCUCAUCUAUCAGGGCCAUGCAAUCAUCGUCUAUCCUAUUGUUGCCAACAACACCUAUGUCUUGUCGCCGCACUACGCCGCUUGGUUUUCUGCUCCGCUUGUUGCACAAUUUGCGACCAUGUUUCCAACUGUCAACUUGGCCAAGUUGCUUGCUUCAUUCUCCACUGGUCUGACUUUAAAAGAACAUUUGGAGGACAGCAAAACCGAGAACGGUACCAAGUCUAACGGAAGACACCCAGUCCCAUCAAACACAGUGAACCACCCGGACUCCUUCUGGACAGGGUUGUCUUAUAACGUUAAGGUUGAAUUGAUUUCUUGGCUUCUCCGACGUAGACUAAUCAUACAAGUACAUAUCUACGUUUUCUUGACUCUGACACCGGAAACCUUGAAAAAGGUUAAAGUCUCCGAUGCGGUUCACCAAACCAAUGGGAGCACACCGAACGAGCACUUCCGUUACUCACAAGAAAGCCCGUUAAACAGCGAUACGAUGAUUCCUGUAAAUGAUUCGCCACCCGGUCCUACGUGCACAUCUUUUCCCACAAUAUCUGAACAAGAAUCGCACCAAUGCAAACUUCCACCAGAUGUACUUUCCAAACUUUAUAAACUCUUCCCCACGGAUUUUCACCAGGCGGUCGUUGAGACCUUGCUCAAACACCCUGGGGCCACCCAGAAUAUUGCCUUGUUACAGCUGUUCGCACUCAUACUCCCCCAUCUCCCGGCGCAUUUGGAGGAACUGAUGUUUCAUUUGGGUGUCUCACGAACCACUCUGAUUGAGUGUGUCGAGCGUUUUUCACCAAUCCUUUGCACGGUUAGACUGCCGGACCCCGUAACCGCCUGUUUUUCUGGAGUAGAUUGGCCUGAUUGACCCCCUUCACUGAGUACUUUAACCUGUGAUUUGUACAGCAGUGCUAAUAACACUCACUUUUAUCCAA